GACCUUCAAUCAUUUAAAUGCGCACAUUCGUAUGAUCAUCACAAAGACAAAGUGCAACAAGUGGAAUGGCAUUUCAUUGAGCCUACCAUUAUGCUAACCGCAUCUUUUGAUAAAACUGCGGUUGUAUUUAAUAGUCGUUCGCCUAAAAAUGUCGCAUCUUGGAAUCUAGGAAAUACAGAUCCAGAAUGUGUACGUUGGGAUCCAUUUUCGCCUCAAUAUUUCUACGUGAGUACAGAAUCUGGGUUGGUUUUGUGUUUUAACGCGAGAAACUCUAACAAAAUAGCACCGGAUAUGAAACCAACAAUUGUCGCAAGUCGAGAUUUGGGUGUGGAAAAAGUUUUUUCUGCGCAAUUUUGUUUAGACUUACCCUUUCAUCUGGCUGUAGCUGGUUCAGAAGGGAAUGUAAGAAUUUGGGAUUAA